UUAAAGAGUCAACAUGUUGGUUGUAUUUUUGGUGAUUGUCCUGACCAUAUUCCCACCCACAGCCCACUCGUGGGAUUACUGUGAGGAGCACUGGUGCUCGAGACCCAGCGAUCAUGUGGCCUGCAACAAUAAUGGAAGCUUUGGACCUCAUUGCCAGCAGGAUGCCAGGUUAAUGCCUUUGAGCAGCCAACUGCAACAGUUCAUCGUGCACGAGGUCAACUUCUACCGAAAUCAAGUGGCUUCUGGCAGAUUUUCAGAUUUCGGCCCGGCCCAUCGCAUGGCCACCGUGCGCUGGGAUCCGGAGCUGGCCCAUCUGGCCGAAUUGGCGGCCAAGAGAUGCAGCUUGUCGGCCGACAUCUGUCGCAAUACCAAACGCUUUAAGCACGUCGGCCAGCUCACAGGCCACGUUAUCUUCAGUGUGGGCCGUCACAACGAUAUGAAACUGCUGCGCCACAAGAUUGGCAUGUGGUUCGCCCAGUACAAGAGGGCCACAUCCCAGCUAGGAGCUGCCGACCCUAUCAGCGACAUUACCAGCUUCCGGCAAUUAAUGCAGGAACGAGCCACGUACAUGGGCUGUGGCGUCCUGCGCCAGAGGCGCCUCCUACGGUGGCACCAGCAGUUUAUAGUCUGCAACUUUGCUCGGGAGGACGUGGCUCAUGAGCCAGCCUACGAGGUGUCACACAGAGCCGCAGCAGGAUGUAAAUCAGGACCCAAUCCCAAGUACCCCCAUCUAUGCGCCCUGGAGGAGCACUAUGAUGUGAAUGCCUUGGAUCGUUAUCAUAAGAAGCUGUAUUCGGAUAUCAAAUCGCAUUCCAAGAAGUCUCCAAUUAAGUUCAGGAUUCUGUAUAAUGAACCCAAAAGGAUCAAGGUUCUUAAAGUUUUGAAAAGUCUUUAG